CCAUGGAAGCAGUUGGUUUGUGACCAUGCUGCGCCAUUUUGAUUCCAAACACAGCACCAAGAAGCGUCGCGAAAAAAAUCAACCGUGGACGGCGAAUAAAACUGCAAACAAAGUCUCCAGGCUUGAGCACCUCGAGUCUGGUAUUAAAAGAAGUGGGGGAAAAAAAAAAACCCCUCCUCGUGAGCUGAUUACAGUAGGAGACUGCGCUCUUAACGUACCGAGGCUAAUUCAUAGCGACGCUGGAAUGUGAUGUACUGUAUAUAGCGGAGUGCUUGUGCUUGCUCAAGUUAAGAAUCGGUGACUAGACGGAAAACGCACAUCUAGCUUCUGUAAAAAAAAAAAAAAAAAAAAAAAAAAUGUUUAUUUUUCUCGUUUUAAAUGCAUCGUCGUGAUGAUUGUUGUAGGCUUGGCAACAUGGCUAGCCAAACUCGGUUCGUAUGUCAGCUGUUUAGUUCUUUUCUCCUCAUCCGUUCCAGCAUGGUCCUGGAUGGUCCUAAAGAUGAACCAGUUAGCUGGUUAACCUGGUUCCAGUAACUAGCAGGUUGCGUUGAAAUGUGCUAACAGUAACCAGAAGACCGCAGUGCCUUAACUACAGGUCUAGAGUCAUAUGAGCAAAAGCUACAGGUUGAUUAGACAUAUUUACGUUUAGUUAUUUUUGCCACCACUCAGUGGCAGAAUGUCAGUGCGUUGUUGUCUCUCCUCUCAGCUGUACUCGAUCAGGGUGUUGAUGUAUUUGGCUUUUUUCAGCAGCUUAACUUGAGAGUGUGUUUACACACAUGCUCUCACAUUAGACUUCUUUCUUGGUGACCACUUUUACAGAAGCGUGCUCACACAAACUCCUGUCAGGAUGAGCUUUAUAAAAUCCCAACAAGUCUAUAGGCUCUUAGAAAUAACCCGCAGUCACUCGGUAAGCUCGGCCUUGGCCAGACUCUGACGAGCCCACUCAAUGAUGAUUUAUGGAUUAAUACCUCUGGAGUUACACGAACAACUCCUUGAUCACGAGAACUACCAGAACCGAACAAAUGGGGUAGAAGAACUGAAAACCGUCCUGUCUGAGCUGGACCUGAAAGCUGUUUCCUUUGACAGUAUUGUGGAAUUCAUUUGCUUUUUACACAAACUCCUGGAUGACCCCAACUUUAAAGUCUUGUAUGGCACUUUACAGGUCCUGAACCUCCUUGUUCAAAAGCUGGACAAUGAUGUGCACCCAUAUUACAGACAGAUCGUGCACAUGGCUCUCAAAACCCUGGGGGACACGCGCGCUCUUCCGCGGAACGAAUACAUGAACGUUUUUCGGCAGCUCACGAGGAUCAUAGGGCCACAGAAAGUACUGGAGCUUGUAACCGGGCACUUGAAGCACAAAAACUCAAGAGUGAGAGAGGAUGUCCUCAACAUCAUUACAGCUGCCAUGCUCACUCAUCCCAGGAAAGACUUCAACAUCCCACAUCUGUGUUCUCUGGUUGCUCCUUAUCUCGCAGACAGCAAGAAGAGGGUGCGACAUGCAGCCCUGGAGCUCUUCGCUGUUUUUGAUUACUGCCUUGACAUGGGCAAGAAGCAGCCGAUCAUGAAGGCCAUAGACAGGGUGGAGCUCACCGGUGAUGCCGAGGGUCUUAUGGCUGCCGUACAGGCGCGAAGGGCCAGACACAUCCUUCCUCGGCUAUCUGCAGACGGUACGGUGGAAUACGCACUGGUUAUCCCCAAACCCGGCCAGCGACGCACGCCUCAGUUCGGCUCUGGCGCUGAUCUGGAUUGGAUUCUUAAUGGAGGGAGAUCGAACAGCGCGAGGAGUCACAGGACGGACGCGGACUCGGAAGGGCCGACUGCCUACAGUAGUGUCGGAUCCCUGACUGAGGAGAUGCCAUUACAGAGGAGGAUAGUGAGUGCCGGAAAGGGCAAAAACAAGCUACCCUGGGAGAGGUCGAGCCUUCCAUCUGCGGGAAAUCAGGAGCCCUGCAGUGCACUGAAUGGAAAAUUGUCUGAUAAGUCAAGCCUUGAAGAUCUCACUACCUCCACGAGGCUGAAUCAGGAAACUCAUGUCACCCACUCUGGAUUAGGAGAACCACUUCAGUCCAACUCCUCAGGCCGGAAAAGGGAAACUGCAGUCAGACUUCGCCGGAGCGGCAGCCUUGACUCGAACCCAGACAUUUUCAAAGCAGUCAGCUCCAGCGAUGCAGAGAGAGGUGUUCCCAAGACGUCGCGGUUGCAAGGGUCUGGAAAUCCCAAUGUGGAGCGUACUUUUUCUCUCCCGUCCAAUCCCACUCCUCCUGGCUCCUUUCUGCUGCCCUCCUACCCUCUGGCCACUCUGCCAGGGGUUCAGUUAACUCCCACACUGUCCCGCAGAUGCCAUGCUGACUCCUCACUCUCCAUGUCCAACACAUGGCCCAACAAUCGAGAGCUGAGCCCACGACACAGGGAACCCAGUCCGUGGAGGAAUAAUAAUUGUGAGGCUGGCUCCACCAGGUGUUCUCCAAUGCACCCUUCUCGGACUAGCAUUGCAUCCUCCUCAUCGUUUCCUCAGGCUCUGAACACAGUCAGGUCUUCUCCACCCAUCUCGCCCAUCACACAGCUGUCUGCGCAGGAUGCAGGUAACCAGAGAGAUCAGCGUAGCAGGAAUCUCCACCUCGACCUGACUGUCAUGAGCCUGCAGGACCCGGAUGAGGAGCCAGUGGAUAAGGAAGAGAUGAUGAACUCCCUGCGCUCCUUACGUAACAGUGCAGCUAAGAAGCGGGCAAAGGCAAGCAUGAGCAGCUCAGAGCCGGAUCCAGACAGUCCGGACUCGGCCGUCAAACUUGAGCCAAACCUGGACUCGUCCUCUCAGACCUCUCCAUCUGUUACAAGCCCACUGAGUGAGAGCGGACUGUCCAGCCUCUAUUCUCCAACCACUCCCACCAUCAAUGGCACCAAAAACAGCUCUGGGAACUCAGCAGCAAAGACGCGUAUCACUAGAGUGCCAUCAGGGAAAAAGAAAACUCCUUCCUCCAUGGAAGCCAGUCCUCAAGGUGUCCAACAGCAGGAAAAGCUUCUUUCAGACGCGAGUGUCAGUGUUAUUGGUCAGAGAGUAUCUUACUCUAAUGGAGCAGCAGCAGAAGAGAAGCACAGAGAAGCAGCUUCACCUCCUCAUGUUAGACCUGCAGGUCGUGAGCCGCUCAGAGCUUUAAGGCCUGCGAAAGAAUCUCAGAUACACAGCAGGAAGGCCUCCCCUGUCACCGACAUGUCUGAGGGAGUAGUCGGGAGAGGAGUUUUUGGCUCCAUGGUACUUCCGAGCCGCCCUGAAGUGACCACAUGUCCUGAGCAGGAUGAGUCCAUAAAUAAAGCCUCAUGGGAGCCACCCGCUGGAGUAUAUGGCCAUGCUGUCUCUGGGAGUCACGUGGAUUCUGAUGAAAACCCAGAACCUGACGAGGCAAUGGAGAGGGUGAAGCUGUCCAAGUUUGCUAGGGAUAAGAUGCGCCAACAUUGGUUAGAACAGCAAGAAGCCCAGCCUACACCGCGAAUAAGGCAGAACCUUAGACGUGUAACAGCUGAAGUGAGCUCAGAUGAUGCAGCAUCUCUGAAAGAGUUGCAGCUGAACGGUAGCAUCCUACACUCCAUUAAGCCUGAAACCCUCAUGAGGGAAUCACCUACCAGCCCUACAAGUGCACCGGGACCCCAGAAUCCCCCAAAAUGUCUCAGUCCUCAUCAUCAGCCGAGCCCCCCUACGGGCCUCCCUAGCAGACACACGCUGCCACGGCGGAGAAGAGCUCCCAGUCUGACCAGAGUACAGCCGUCUCUCUCCAACAGCUGUGAUGAAAUCAUGCCUGUUACCCCGAAGAAGGAUCCCAAUGAACAGGUGGAGUUGCGACCAUUCUCCAGACCAGAGCUUGCCCUCACUCAGAGCUUCAGACUGCUUAGCUCAGAUGACUGGGAGAAAAAAAUCGAGGGGCUCAUGUUCCUGCGCUGUUUGGCACGGUAUCACACCGAUGUGCUUAGUAGUAGGCUUCAUGAUGUCUGCCUUGCCCUCAUUCAAGAGGUUCGGAACCUGCGCUCGGGAGUGUCCCGCAUUGCUGUGGUGACUCUAGGAGAGAUGUACUCUGGCCUGCAGAAGGGAAUGGACCAGGAGCUGGAAGCCACAGCCAAAGUUCUGCUACACAAAGCUGGAGAGUCCAAUGCUUUCAUUAGGCAGGAUGUGGAUGCAGCACUGGACAGCAUGGUGCAGAACUGCACACCUACACGCAGCAUGAACGCCCUACUCACCGGAGGACUCUGUCACUUAAAUGCAGUCGUAAGGAAGUGCACUGCUCAGCACUUGACUACUCUGGUUGAGAAGAUCAGCGUUGCACGCUUAUUGUCUGGAACUAAAGAUCUCACUGACCGAAUCUUACCUGCUGUCUCCAAACUGGCGCAAGACUCUUCACAAGAAACCAGAUAUUUUGGCCGGCAGAUGCUGCUGUUCUUGUCGUCUCACCGGGACUUUGACAAAAUGGCGGAAAAGUACAUCCCUGCCAAAGACCUGGCAACCAUCAAGGACACUGUCGCCACUCUGAAAACCAAGGGACUGGGUGAAAUGCCUCAGGACACUCCUUCAGCUCGAGGUAGGCGCUCCAUUUCUGGCGGUGGAAUGGUGCGUGCCUCAUCUCUCACUCGCGAACCUCAGUUUUCCAGCAGCAAAGACAGCAGCAAAACUCCGUUCCACAGCAUUGCAGAUAAGACCGAGUAUGUCAAGCAGCUCAAAGCCAUGCUCGCUUCAAAAGACUUCCGAGAACGCAUCAAGGGCAUCGAUCAGCUGGUGGCUGACUGUGAGGAAAACACAUACAUGGUCAUGAGCAACAUGUUUCCGGUGUUCGAUGCAUUUAAAGAAAGGCUGCAGGAGUCAAACAGUAAAGUGAACCUCUACGCGCUGGAGGCCUUACAGAAGAUAAUCACCUUACUUAAAGACAACUUGGCCCAAGUGGUUUAUAUCCUUGUCCCAGCUAUAGUGGACAACCACCUCAACUCGAAGAAUAACAGCAUCUACACGGCUGCAACGGGUGCCAUACACGCUCUGAUCGAUAACCUUGACAACACCCUACUACUUCAGCCAUUUUGCACAAAGGCACAGUUUCUCAGUGGGAAGGCUAAACUGGACCUUGUCGAUAGAGUUGCAGAGUUGGUCCGAGACCUGUAUCCCCGCAAGCCACAGCUGGUUGAGCAGAAAGCCCUCCCUCUGCUUUGGCACCUCCUGGGCUCGUCCUGUAAGAGCGGCACCGUCCACGGCAGGAGCGGCACCAUGAGAGGAGCCACUGCCAACCUGUGCCAAGCGCUGCACGCUCACAUGGGCCCCAUGCUGCUAAACCAAGCUGCUUCACAACCUUCCAACAUCUUUAAGAGCCUGAAUGAGAUUUUGCAGACGCUCACACCCCUCUGAGAUCCGAGAACCUUUACGCGUUACGACUUUUCCCCGGCUGAGAAAAAAAAAAAAAAAACUACUUGAAAAUAGAGUUCUCACAGUGCCUGCACUUUAAGAAAAAAAAAAAAAGAAUAAAUAAAAAUAGAAGAAUAAAACUUUUAUCACUUUCGAAUGAGCAAAAAAUGCUAUGAGUCCUUAAAAAGUCCCGAACUAAAGGAAGAUAGAUUUUUAGCUUGUGGUAAAUCAGGUUUAAGAUUCCCUGGAGCUCUGCUCUUAUGGCACUUUGUACUAGUAACACUAUCAUGAUAAUGGUUGUCAUGGUGACUUUAGGUAUAUAUAUAUAUAUAUAUAU